AUGUUCGCAAAAUCAUCCAAUGCACCAUCUCGUGGUGGUGGCAAGAAAUCAACAGAUGAUAUCAAACGACGUCUUAAAUCAGUGGUUGGCUAUAGUCCAUAUGCAGUUUAUUAUGGUUUCAUACCACUUGUAAUCUAUUUGGGAUUUAAACUUGGACCUGAUCCAGGUACACCGGAAUUUUCAUUACUCAGUUUAUUACCAAUUGUACAAAUUUUACAAAAUAUACCAACAUGUGAAAAUUUACCACCGACAAGUGAUGAAUCAUCAUGUAUUAAUUUCGAUCAAAUUAUAUCAAAUCGUCAAAAUAAUUCAUCAUCAAAUACUCGUACAAUAAUUAAUCGACCACCAUCAUCAUCUUCAUCAUCGACAUCAUUACUUAUAGUUUUAUUAAGCAUUUUAAUUCCUGUUGCACUUAUAUGUUUUCUAAUGUUAUUUUUUUGUUGGUGUUGUCAUCAGAGAAAUAAUAAUAGUCAUUUAUCAUCUUGUUCAUCAACAUCAACACCAAUUAAGAAAACUUCUCAUCUUGUCAAUACAGUUACAUCAUCACCAUUUCGUUCAUCAAUAACAACACAUAAUAUAAAACAAAAUCAACAUCAUAUUAUACCUUCAUCAUCAUCAUCGACAAAUACAAAUUUUACAAAUACAUAUCUUCGACAAACAUUACUUAAAAAUGAAACAAAACGUCCAAUUAUUCAUUUACCUUUACCUGGUCCUUCACUUUCCGAAAUUUCAUUUACAAAUAUUCGAUUUCUUCAAGAAAUUGGCGACGGAGAAUAUGGAAAAAUCUAUAAAGGUGAAUUAAUUGAUAAUGCAAAUAAAUGUCUAAUAAAAACUUUACAAAUCGAUUAUGCAACACAACAAAAUCGUGAAGAAUAUGCACGUGAAAUUGAAAUUUUCCGUCAUAUACGUCAUAUAAAUAUCUCAUGUUUACUUGGUAUAUGUGUUCAACCUCAAAAUGCUCUUUCAUUAAUGAUCUAUGAACGUUUAAAUGAUGGUGAUUUACAUGAAUAUUUAUUACAACGUUCAACAACAUUAUAUCAACAACGUGAUUUAAAUGAUUAUCUUUAUAUAUCAAUACAAAUUUUAUCUGGAAUGAUUUAUUUAACAGAGAAAAAUUUUGUUCACAAUGAUUUAUCAGCUAAAAAUAUUCUUAUUUCCGAACACAUGGAUGUGAAAAUAUCAAAUAUAGCACGUUAUCGUACGAAAUAUGAUUCCGAUUAUUACAAAAUAGCAAAUCGUUCAUUACCUGUUCGAUGGAUGGCAAUUGAAUCAUUAUUAUCAGGUAUAUAUACAGAAAUGUCUGACGUAUGGUCAUUUGGUGUAUUACUUUGGGAAAUGUUUUCAUAUGGUACACAACCAUAUUAUGGACGAACAAAUCCAGAAGUUAUUGAAAUGAUACGUGAUAGAAAAUUAUUAACAUGUCCAAUAAAUUGUCCAAAACGUAUUUAUGCAUUGAUGUGUUCAUGUUGGGAAGAAAUUAGCGAUCAACGACCAACAUUUAUUGAACUUAUGGGAAGAAUAAGACAAUUUGAAGAAAAAACAAUAACAACAUUAUCAUCAACAACAUCAUCAUCAUUGAUUGAUGUUCCACCUGUUAUAAAUCAAGGAGAUAUACAAUCACCAAAAUAUCGAACAUUUAUUUCUCCACCACCAAUAUCAUCAUUUGCUCGUAAUGAGACAAAUUCAAUUAAUGGACGAAUUCCUGUACAAUCGACUCUUGUUGAUAGAGAUAAUAUUCGUUUUGAAGUGUAA